CGUAGGCGUGUGUUACUCCUGGAAGUGACCGUUGCUGUUCAAAUAUCUUGUAGCUGACCUGUGUGCCAAGUCGUGAUCAGAAGGCUAUUUUAGUUGUUUACAAUCUGAGAUACAAAGUAACUUCUAUUGUUUCGCCAGCUGAGAGCGACAUUGUAGCCUACCAAUCGUUCGGGAGGAGAAAAAAGGGGAACAGCAAUCAAACGCCAAGCUAUGCAGUUCGAUAAGAUGUCCAAGUUCAAUUUUAGCUUCAGGAGAAGCGAAAGAAAAGCAUUUAAGCAUAUAGCUCAUGGUCUGAUUCCUGCUGCCACCAUCGCCCCCCGACCUGCCGUGCCCCGCACCCCUCCCCCCCGGAGCCCCAGCCCCUCCCCCGAGAGACCCAGGUCGGCUUUGGCGGCGGCCAUCUUGUCUUCGUCUCUGACGGGGCGCACGGUGGCCAUUCCCCCCCCGAGCACCCUCACACACACACGCACGCGCUCGCUCUCCGAAAGUGACACACACUCGCGCUCAGAACACUCACACGCCUUUCAGCCCUUCGCCACCACCGCCCUCUACACCAGAGACCAGUGGUCAGUGCCUGUAGGCUCCAGGUCGCGUCACUCCUCCCCGGGUCGCUCAGGAGAGGAGGAGGAAGAGGAGGAAGAAGAGGAGCACGAUGAAGAUGAUGACGAAGACGUAGAGGAGGAAGAGGAAGAGGAGGAGGAGAGGGAAGACAGAAACACACACAUCUACCAAACAGUAGAUGACAACAAUACCAGCCCUGUAUACGCCAUACCACACAAGAAGUCUUCCCACUCAGAGCCAGAUGACCUGACCGGAGAGAGCACCUUUGAUGUCGUCUCACCCCUACACACGGAAGAGGAGGUUGAAGAGGAAACUAGAGAGAAGCGUUCCUCUCCUCCCCAGGCCAGACUCUCGUCCCCCCCACAGCCUCGAUCCCCCACCAGCAGACACACACACACACACAGCUCCAGCAAAGCCAUGCCCUCCGCAGGUGUGUGUGUGGAGCGUGCUGAAGUGAAGGACACCAGCAGGAAGCAGCCAAAGAAGAGUCCAGAGCUGACCAGUGCAACACACACACACACUCGCACAGACUCCUCAAGAACAGAGAGAGAGGAGAGGGAGGCCCUCAGGAGGAGGUGUAGAGAGGUGGAGGAAGAGAGGGACGCCCUGAGAAGGAGGUGCGAUGAGCGCAAGGAGGAGAGGGAUGCCCUGAGGAGGAGGUGUAAAGAGGUGGAGGAGGAGAGGAAUGGCCUCAGGAGGAGGUGCGAGGAGCAGAGGGAGGAGAGAGAAGCGCUCAAGAGGAGGUGCGAGGAGCAGAGUCGACUCCUGCAGAACACCCAGCAGCAACUCCUCCUCCUGCAGAGGGAGAACCAAUCAGAAAACAGAACACACACAGAGUUGGAGUGUCUGCGUGUGCAGGCUCAGGAGUUGGUGGAUGAGAAUGAUGCUCUGAAGAUGACCGUCCAUCGCCUCAGCGUACAGCUCAGCACGUACCAGAACACACACACACAGCAGGUGUCUAAGUCAGCUGGGUUGCCAGGGAAGGGUCCUCCUCCUCCUUGGCUGCUGGAUGUGAAGUACCUGUCUCCCCUGGCUGUGGCCUAUGAGGAUCGGCUCACUGAGAAGGACACACUGCUGAAGACAUGCCAGGAGGAGGUGUGUGUGUUGCGUGCGAGGACGGAGGAGGUGGUGAAGGAGAACCAGAGACUCCACCAGGAGAUGGAGGAGGAGAACACCGGCAGCCGCAAGGAAUGGAGGCAGCUGCAGGAUCAGUGUCGUCUGGUUCUGGACGAGAACAGAAUUCUACUGGAGCAGCUGGACACACAGCAGAAGAGGACACGAGACACACACACACGACACACACACGAGGUGGCUAAGGUGUGUAAGCAGCUGGUGUUGCGUGAGCAGGAGGUGUGUGUGUUGCGCGGGGAGCUGGAGGAGGUGAAGAGGGAGCUACACACACUCCAACACCAGGAGGCGCUCACACACACACAACACCAGGCGGACAUCGCACAGCUCUCACACACACAACACCAGGCGGACCUCGCACAGCUCUCACAGCGUGUAGAUGAGGAGAAUGUGCGUUGGCAGCUGCAGGUGGAUGAGCUGGUUUCCAAGAUGGCCGCCCUGCAGGCGGAGAGGAAGUCCCUGGCGCUCGACAAGAGCCAAUCAGACGCCGCCAACAAGGGCCUGGAGGCAGAGCUGGACAUCUCAAGACACGCCCACAAGAAGCUUCAGCGUCGUGUGGAGGGUCUUAAGCAGCAGCUGGAGCAGUCUAUGGAUAAGGAGCUGGAGGCCUUGCAGUACCUCUCAGGAGUAGUGGGCCUAGCAGAACACACCACACAGCAACGAGACCAACUCAUACACAUGGCUUCUACGUUGGAGAAGGGAAAGCAAGACGUCGUCAUGAGAAUCAUACAGGGAACUAUGCAGCUGGCCAAACUACAGGAGAAACUGAAGGUGUACCGGCGUGAGGCGGCCAGUAGUGUGUGUGUUCUGGGGCGUCGCCUGGUGGAGCAGGAGCAGGCGAUGGAGGGACACACACACACUUUCCAGCAGGAGAGACGACACCUACAGGGGCUGCUGAGGGACAAACAGCACGCACUGGACACCGCUCUGCAGCAGAAGAGGGAGGUGCAGUGUGAGUUGGAUGCGGUGUGGGAGUGUGUGUCCAGAGAGAGCCAGAAGGGUUGCCAGGUAACCGAUCUGGAGUCGCCCCCGCUGGUCGCCCCUAGCAACGCACCCUCCCUCGACUGGACCCCCCCACACGGAUCACCUGUAGACUUCUACUCUUGACACACACACACACACACACACACACACAC